CGAGCGUCGUUCUAUCUUUGUUAUUUACUAAAAGUUGAACAAAGAUAGAACGAUGCUCGGGUGCUGUUUCCGAACGUACCGUAAAUGCUAUUCUAUCCCACGGGUAGAAUUUUGGAACUUUGACGAUCGCAACGUUCACGAACAUAAUCUGUGGUAUAUAUCUACAAUGGAUAAUAUUGUAACUAAUGAUGCAACAAUGGACUCUGAACAAAUGAAAAGUUAUCAACGGAUACUGUUGAAUAAUGUUUUCGCACAGGAACUUGAACAAAAUGAGAAACAAAUAAAUACAUGGAACGAUUAUAGACACAAGUACAAAAAGGUGAUAGAAGGACUUGAAGUAUAUCCGUUAUCUGUCUCGGAAAAUUGUAUGGUACCUAUCGGCAAGCGAGCGUUAAUGAAAGGAAAAUUAAUUCAUACUAAUGAAAUUAUGGUUUAUCUGGGAGAUGGCUAUUUUGCAAAAUAUAGUGCAUCACAGGCAAUCUCAUUGUGCAAAAAGAGGAUAGCAUGGGCAGAAAAAAUGUUGAAUGAUUUAGAAGCUGAAAGAAACUUGUAUGAGACGAGACAAUAUUUCACAUUAAAACAUGAUAUUUUUGGAGAAGAAGAUAGAAAAGAUAUAUUGGAACAUUGGAAUGAAGACAAACUUGAUAAAUGGAAGAUACAACAUAGGCAGCGUGAAAAGGAGUAUCGUCAGAAACUAGCAGAGUUGAGAGAAAAAGAAAAGACUAAUAUUUGCACUGAAGAAGAUCUUUUUAAAAGACUAGAUGAGUUAGAAUUGGAAGAAGAACUAAAAGAUGAAAUAUGCAGACUGGAAGCUGAACGAAAAGAUUUUUAUGGCGAUUUGAAAGAAGGAGAAGUCUAUGACGAUUCGGAGGAAGAUUCAUCUGAUUCUGUCGAAAUUACAACAGAGAUGAUUGAGGAAUUUGAAAAAUUAAGAGAUACUCAAACGAGUAAAAUCACAUAUAAUACAUCGGACGAUAGUUCCGAUGCAACUCGACAUAAAAUUCUCGAUACAAAUGUUAUAAAAAAUGAACAUUUUGAUCUCACUGUAAAUUCUAGUCAAGAGGAAUUAAAAAAUAAUCACUCACCUGAAUCUAGAGAGGAUAUAUUCAAACCCACAAAUGCAAGGAAAACAGGGAGAGUGUCAUUUAUUGAACCAUGUAUUAUGGAAAAUACAGAAAGCGAUACAGAAGAAGGAGAAAUAUCAAUGCCUAAUAAAGAAUCCUGUUUUAUUUCAAAGCAAGAUAAAAUGUAUAAUGAUGAUUCGGAAAAUGAUAAUGAUAAUGGUAUUGUCAGGAUUGAGUUUUCACAUUCAUCCCAUAUUCCAAAUAUAUCUGCAUCAAGUAAUACAGAAAUACAAAGCCCAAUAGAUAUUUAUAAAAUUUUUAGUGUUCCCAAGUCAAUUUUGAAAAGAUCUCCAAAUGAUAUGAUUCCUAAUAAAAUUGUUCCUCCUUUAAACGAAGAAAGUAGUACUAAUGUAGAAGAUGAAGUUGAACAUGUUAAACAUUCUGCCUACAAUUCUGUAAUCAAGGAAAAAGUCCAAGAAAAUAAAAUAUCGCCAGUGAAUAAUACUUUAGAAAAAAAGAAUGAAAAGAAAAUUGUAAGCAGGUUUAAACUGGAGCGAGCUGGAAGAAAGAAGUGAUGUAUAUAUACAUAUAUUUAUUAUAAUUAGAAUUUUCUUUAUAUACAAAACAAAAAUAAAUAUAUAUAUUUUCUAAG